AUGCCGAUUGAAGUAGGUCAACAAGCACCAGAUUUUACUUUAUAUAACACCGAGAAAAAAGAAAUUUCUCUUCAAGAUUUAACAUCAAAAUCGAAUGUUGUUCUAUUAUUUUUUCCAUUGGCAUUUACUGGUGUUUGUACAGAAGAAUUAUGUUCUACUCGAGAUGACAUUAGUCAAUUUGAAAAUUUAAAUGCAACUAUUAUUGCUAUUUCAGUUGAUUCACUUUUUUCUUUGGGAAUAUUUCGUCAAGAAAAUGAACUUCCAUUUGAUUUAUUAUCCGAUUUUAAUAAAGAAGUUUCUCAAAAAUAUGAUUCACUUUAUGAUCAAUUUCCAUUAUUUGGUCUUAAAGGUGUUACAAAACGAAGUGCUUUUGUUAUUGAUAAACAAGGAAUAAUUCGAUAUGCUGAAGUACUUGCUGAUGCUGGAAAACUUCCAGAUUUUGAUAAAAUAAAACAAACAUUAGAAAAUUGUGAACAAUCAUAG